ACGUGCAAAAUCUUUCAGCCUACUGCUCCAGAGACUCGUGGACUAGACAUGAACUAGACGCAUAAUUUUCUUCACGCGCCUGAACAAUUUGCUUGCGUAAGACGUCACCGUCUCCUCCUGCUCGCUCUCUCCGCGCGACGCUGCUCUUCGCUCGCUGGUUUAAAAAAAAAAAAAAAACUCUCCAGAGGAGUAGCCUCUGCGCUCUGUAAAUGGUCAAGUCCUCACCCUCAGAAAGCAACAGAGGGCGGAAUAAGGAGCUCUCGGUACGGAAGGAAAACAAGCAGGCUCCGAAGCAGGAAAUUAGAGUGAGGACCCAGCUUGGAGAGAAAAUAAUACUAGUACUGACCCCACCCACGGCACAGUUUUGGCUGAGGAACCAGCAGAGCCUGUCUAGGUCUGCAAGAAACAGCAGGUUAAGUGCAGACGGACCUGCACAAUGGCUCUGUUGACCCUGCAUAGGAUCCCAUCCAUUUCCACCACGCCAGAUGAAGGCCUCCAAAGAAGAGGAAGACUUCAGAAAAGAGAGAGCUUUGCCCUCGUUAAAGGGGCAGUCCUCCUGCUGGAAGAUGGCAAGAGCGGGAGCCUUCAUCAGGAGAUGUCUCGCACCCCGACUUCUCCUGUCAAGCAAAGCAGCGGCGCACCAGACAUGCGCCACACACAUCUCCGUGCAAUGAUUGAACACCUCAGACCAGAAGAUACAGUGAAGCUGGCGGUGCAGUUAGAUUCUGUUAGCUCAGUAAGAGUCAGGUAUCUGAUCGUGGUUUCCACACUGGCCAACAAACAUGAGAGCAUCCUGCUGGGCAUGGAUUUCCCCAACUCAGACAGUGGUCAUUGCACCAUCGGUCUGGUACUGCCAAUAUGGAGCAAUACACAAGUUUAUCUGGACGGAGAUGGUGGCUUUAGCGUGAGCUCAGCAAAAGAGACCAGAAUCUUUAAACCGGUUUCCAUGCAGACCAUGUGGUCAGUGCUGCAGGUGUUGCAUGGCUGCUGUGAGCGUGCAAUCAAGGCAGCUUUGAUCCCAGGCUCUGGGCUGGAAUGGGCUCGGCACUACCACCGGCACAUCGAGUCCGAUCGCAACUGCCUCAAUGAGUGGGAGGUCAUGAAUGACCUGGAGUCGAUCCGUAAGGACAGCGAUGGACAGAGUUCGGCAGAGAGAGUUUCCAGUGAGAUCCUGAUCAAAGAACACCUGAGAGACAUCAUGAGGACUGAAGACCUGGACAACCUCACAUCCAAAAUGGUGCACGCUACCCUGGAGACCAGGAUAGGCUUUGACAUGAGACCCUACAAGGAGUACAUCGACAAUGAGAUCCUGGUCACCAUGGCUCAGAUGGACAAGCCCUCCAAAAUAUUUGACUAUCUAUACCUGGGCUCCGAGUGGAACGCAGCUAACUUUGAGGAGCUGCAGAAAAACAACGUGGGCUACAUUCUGAAUGUGACGAGGGAGAUUGACAACUUUUUCCCAGAGUCCUUCAAUUACAUGAACAUCAGAGUGUACGAUGUGGAAGCCACAGACUUGCUGUCCCAUUGGCCAGCUACAUUUAACUUCAUCAACACUGCAAGGAAGAGUGGUCAGGCGGUGUUGGUUCACUGCAAGAUGGGCGUGUCCCGCUCUGCGUCUACAGUGAUUGCCUACGCUAUGAAGCAGCAGCACUGGACACUGGAUGUGGCACUGACCUACGUCAGGGAUCGCCGGUCCAUCAUCAAGCCCAAUGAGGGCUUCAUGAAGCAGCUCCAGACCUACAGCGGCAUCCUCAGUGCAAGCCAGCAGCGCCAUAGUGCUCUCUGGAAGCGAAAGUCGAGAGACCAAAGACAAAAAUCAGUUCGAAACGAGGAAAGAGGGGAGGAAGAAAAGACAGCCGAAAGUGAAGAAGAAGAAGAAGAUGAGGAGGAGGAAGAAGAUGAUGAGGAAGAUGACGGACUUGAUGAGGAUGAUGGCGUAGAUAUUCCAGAUGAAAAAAAUGACUCAGGGGAAGACUGUGAGGUGUUUGAACAGCCUGCCCCAAAGUCUGACACUAUCCAAGACCCUGUGCAGACAGGCCCUGUGAUUACUGUAAAUGAACCAGAAAAGGUCAUGCCGAGUGUUAAUCGUAGUGGCAGAAUGAACCUCUACUCAUUAAUGCAGUCCAUCAGCGAGAUGGAUGAUGUGGAUAAAGGAUAUGAUCAGAUGCCUGGCAGUCCGAGGCGGUCACCAGGACAGCGGAGGCGUAGCUAUGGGCGCCGGUGUCUCACUCACCAGAAAGCAUGUGUGGAUGUUUCACCUGAACCAUCCAGCCGGCCGGGCGCGGGCCAAAGCAAGCCGCAAAGUGAUUAAAAAGAUGAACAAGCAGGGAGGUACAAGAGGAACUAUAAAUGAGGCACAGAGGAGAAAAGAAGGAACGUGUGCUCUGGGAACAUGCCAAGGUUUUUAUACAAUGAUCCUAAAGUCUUAAUUUAUAUUUUGCAGGUCUUGGAUUGCAUAUGUCACCUCAUAAAAGCUAUAGUAGAUAGUUGAUUUUUAUAAGGGCCAUGCUGCAGUAUUGCUGUACCAGUGAAAGCCAGGAUAUCUGAAAUCAUUGUGCAUUAUUGUAUUAUUAUGUUUUAUGUUUAUGAAGGUAUCCAAACAUAUAUGAACCAGCAUGUCCCUGCCGAGCUCCCUCAGUCCCUCUUCCGUUUUUUUAAGCUCUCCUUUCAACACUUCAGAGGUAUCUAUGCAAUAACUGUUUUAAUUUCCUUAUACGAGGCUGUAUCCUGCCAGCCCAAAGCAGAAAGUGUUCAUUUCCUCCUUCUCACAACACAUACCGUGUGCAGAUAUGGAGGAUUUCACUGUAUCUAAGCUGUGCAUUAUGGAUUAUGUCAUGGCUAGUUUUAUGGCAUACGCCAGUUUGCCAAACUGUAUUCCUCUGUGCCGGUGUGCCAAUAUAUUUAAAGGAAAUGUCGGUUUGCUAGGAACCUUUCCCACCUAUUUUAUUUUCAUCCAUUAUAUUUUGGCUCCAGGGCUACAUGAGUGCCUUCAACCUGAGAAUGAAAAGUGAUUCUGUAAUGAUGUUUUUAAUGUUUUAGCUUAAGUACAAGGUGGUGGUAAUAUAUUGCAUUUCUCUUGUACCAUUUGCCACUUUUUUGUCAUCAUAAAUGUGACUUUACAAGUUUGUGCACAAUUACAGUAUAUAUAGUCACAUAAUUGCUGAUGGCCUGGGUGCAUGUUUUGUGUUUUAUACCAGCCUGUGAGAAGACACUGUUCAGGGUUUGAGUUUGUAUUUAUAUGGACUUUGAAUGGAUCAACUUAAAUUAUUCCAUGUUCUGUUUUCACUAGAUGCUGAUGAGGACAUUUCUUAUUUUAUGCUGGUAUUACUUUUUAUCCAGUGAACCCAAGCUAAAAAAAAGAAAGCAUUUAACCUGCAUGCUCACUAUUAGGGAAAAAAAAAGAGGAAAAAAGAAAACAUGCACUUUAUAAUCCCAACACACUGUUCCCACCGCCUGAGCCAACUUCACACUGUACUAUGAUUAAAAUGAUCAGUGAUUGGU